CUGUAGUGUUGUAGAGGAUUUUAUCAUCCGUGUUGAUUCCUCACAGCAAACAGAGCAGAGAGCCGGAGAGGACGCAGCCUGCACCUGCUCUGUCUGACAGCACUGACAGGUAAAGGGCCUGGAGUCUCUGUUAGUGCGCAGCCAUGUUUGACACGCUGUAUGACUGGUUCUGGUGGGACAGGAUCUGGCUGCCUGUGAACCUGACGUGGGCCGACCUGGAGGACAGGGAUGGCCGGGUCUACGCCAAAGCCUCACAUCUCUACGCCGCUGUCCCCUAUGCCUUCGCCUGCCUGCUCAUCAGAUACUUGUUUGAGAGGUGGAUAGCUACACCUUUAGCUCAGUCUGCUGGAAUCAAACAGAGACACCAUCUGAAAGCAGAGCACGUCCCCAUCCUGGAGCUCUACUACACCUGUCAGAGCAGAAACCCAGCUCAGGUGGAUGUUGAUGGGCUGUCUAAGAAGAGCAGCUUGUCUGUGAGGCAGGUUGAGCGAUGGUUCAGGAGACGACGCUCUCAGGACCGUCCUGGAGUCCUGAAGAAGUUCACAGAGGCCAGCUGGAGGUUUGUCUUCUACUUGCUGGCGUUCAUCGGUGGAGUCGUAGCAUUGUAUGAUAAAGAAUGGUUUUAUGACACGAGGGAAGUUUGGAACGGGUUUCCAAAGCAGACCAUGCUGGAGUCUCAGUACUGGUAUUACAUCCUGGAGAUGAGCUUCUACGGCGCUCUGCUCUUCCGCGUUGCCUUCGAUGUGAAGAGAAAGGACUUUAAGGAGCAAAUCAUCCACCACCUGGCCACACUGGUCCUCUUAUCAUUUUCCUGGUGUGUGAACUACAUCCGCAUCGGGACUCUUGUCAUGCUGGUCCAUGACGCAUCUGAUGUUUUACUGGAGUCUGCCAAAUUAUUCAACUACGCCAAAUGGGAGGGAACCAGCCUCGCUAUCUUUGUUGUGUUUUCAGCUGUGUUCAUAGUGACACGACUGAUCAUCUUCCCAUUCUGGCUGAUCCACUGUACCUGGGUCUAUCCCAUUGACCACUACCCCCCCUUCUUUGGCUACUACUUCUUCAACGUGAUGCUGGUGGUCCUCCUCUGUCUGCACAUCUUCUGGGCCUACCUCAUCCUCGGCAUGAUGAGAAAGUUUAUAUUUGGCACACUGACCAGAGAUGAAAGGAGCGACGAUGAAGAGGAAGACGAGGAGGAGAGCCUUCCAUCAGAGAAUGAAAGUGAAGAACAGCACAAGCUUGGAAAUGGAUCAGCAGUGGACGAGAAGGAGGACAAGAACGGCUUCAGCUCUUUGUCUCCACCAGAGACCAUCUGCAGGUCAAAGACUGUUUGCUGAGUGCUGCUCAGCCUGAUCAUUACUAACUCAAACUCUCCCACACCUGACCAGAGGGGUAUACUACCAAGCAAGUUCAACAGAUACCUUUUCCUGAUCCGGUUUCACUGAACCUAACAAAGGACAUCAUACUAAUCCAUCACAAGCAGGUUAUCAACAUGAUGAGUCAAUCCAGAAUUAGCCUGAGCAUGUUCACAUGAACGGGGCAGAGAAGGCAACAUGUGACCAAUCACAGAC